AACACUCGGUCGCGAACAAACCUCUAUUAUCAAUUCCGUCGCAGCACCGCCGUAAACCAGUAUUUGUGUUCGUGUUGCAUAUUUUCGUUCGAUUUUCUCGUCGACGGAUCUCAGCUGCGCAGCGAACAAUACAACAGUGUUACAGCGCACUGUAGUGCUGCAAUCGUACAGUGUCUGGCCGACAGUGAGUUACCGUCGUAUAUGCGUGCCCGCGUCCCGUUCCCCCUCGCGUCUUUGUGACGCAAACCCGCAGCGUAUUGUUCGUUGUCGAUCUUGUCAUUGUCGUAUCUGCCGUCGUUCGCGUACUUCGUCCGUCUUUGCGGCGUUAUUUCGGGUCGUCCGUUGGAUGAACCGCUGAUCCGGGAAUACACUUGAUAAUACGCGAUCAUCAAAUAUUAAACCCCCGAAGAUGUCCACCGCAGGCAGCGCGCGCUUAUUCGGAGCGCUGGCCGUUUUCGGACUCGUAUUCAUGUCGUCCGGUAAGUAUUAACGGUCCCGUCCAAGAACGACCUCAUGUCCAGAAACGACUGGAUAAUCGUUGUCCCUCGUUCAUGUGCUUCGCCUAAUCGAUGUUCAUUUUUUUUUCUUCAUGUCCAGGAACCUUGGCCGAAAUGGAAAUGCUCAUCACCCAAAAACAUGUUUCAUUGGUCGGUGUGCACGAAUGCACAUACGGUCCGUCGUAUUGGUGUCGUAACAUAACGUAAGUGAUACGUGAUAUGUGUAUACACGAUGGUCUUGAAUUUUGUAUUCGUGUCAGGUGCAUAAUGUAACAGUAAUAAUAAAAACCAGUAUACCAUUAUCAUAAGAGGAACGUUGCAAAACAGUACAAAGUAAAAUAUACUUAAUAGGUACAUUAAGUAAUAUAAAGUAGAAAUAGAAUAAAACAUAAUAUAAUAGUUAGGGCCUAAUUGAUCUAAAAAACAUGAACAAAUGCACAAAUAAAAAAAAUGCAUAAAAUGACAUAAAAAUGUUACAAAAUGGAUUGAAAAAUUUAUUUAAACUAAAAAUUAGAGGAAGUUAAAUUACAAACAAUUUACAGGAAAAUCUAUAAUAUAAUAAAAUAUUUGUUGUGCAAAUGUUUCCUUAUCUUUUAAUAAAAACAGGUUAUAACGAGUUGCGAUAGAAUAAUAUUAUGAAUCGAUUAAUGCUGGCGCGGUGAUCGUGUCUCCGUGCUUAAUAUAAAUGUAUAUUCUAUUAUUAUUUUCUUUAUUAAACAUAUUAUCUUAUCUAUCCGUUCAAAAUUUCCGCCGACUUUAGUUUUACGUUUCUUUUUUUAAUUUGAAUUUAUUAAAUUUAUUUAAGAUGUUUAUAAAAAGUAGAAAAAUGCAUUAAAAUAUCUAAUAAAUGAUUUAAGAACCGAGAAUUACUGCAAAAAUGCAAAAUAAAAUUUGUACCAUUGAAUUCUGCGUGACAAGUCAAAUUUCUAUAUAGAUGAUCCUCGAAUAUAAGCAUCAGAAAAAAAAAUGCGAAUGCAUCAAGUUCCUGGCCCUUAUAAUUAUGUUAAUAUGAAUAUAGUAUUAUAUGGUGUUUUAAAGGGUGUAAUUAGUGGAUUUAUAUUGUUUUGGCCCAGAUGUGGGUCACGUUGAUUCCUUGGCUUGUGCCUUUUUGUGUGUCUUUUGGAGUAAUCUUAUACUGGUAAAGAAAAAUAUCAACCAUCAACCAAAACGUAACUAUGCACAGUUUUGAAUUAUUAAAAAGAAGCAUUGCCUUUUUUUAGACUUCAUCUCCCUAUCUCCAAAGAGUAGACACUGAAAGUUAGAAAACAUUUAUUCUUCUUUUUCACCUUCAUUUUAGGGUUGGCAAUCCCUCAUUCUAAACAUUCACUUGACCAGUUCUUCCACAUUUUCACAUCCCUCUCAUAUACUCGCUGCCCUCUUAUCAUUAUCUCAAUUGCAUCCAACUUCAUCUUUUUCGAUAUACUUCUCCCCUAAUUACUCCUAUGUUUAUUUUCAUUACCAUUCUUACUACUUGUAAUUACUGUCUCUUCAUGGUAUACUUAAACCAUCUGUCUAAAAAUAUUUUAUCAAAUAAAUGUUUAAAUGUUUAAAUUUAAAACAUUCGAUUUGCGCUAACAAAACAUUUAGAUGAUACUUAGAAUAUAAAUUUAGUAUAACUGUCUGAUAUCCAGUUACAUAAAAUGUACUGUUGGAUUUUAGUCUUAAGUGGUAAUAACUAAUUAAUCUAUAUAAUAUCUAACUGUUUUUGUUAAAAAGUUUACUUUUUAAGUUAAAAUAACAAUUUUUAAAUUUUAAAAUACAUAUAUUAUUAUCAAUCAUUAGGUACAAUAAAUAUUCAAGUAUUGAAAUCUUAUAAUAUUUUGAAUAAUAGAUAGUUAAGUAUCAUAAAUUUAAUUAUCAUUACUAUUAUUUUAUGGAUUCAUCUAAAUGAAAUUAAUUUAUUCAGUAUUAGUUUAAUUUGUUGAAAAAUUUUUUAAGUAACUGUUACUUUUUAGCAUACAUAGUACCUUUACUUAAUACUUAAAUAUAAUUUACAAAUGGUUUAAUAAGUAAUUAGGUAUUUAAAAUAUUAAUAUUUAAAUUUUGUGAUUUUUUGAUUCUAAUCUAUUUUGUUUAUUAAUUAUUCGCUAAACUAUUAAAGCAAAAUCUCUUCUUUUGAGCAUCUAUAGUUAUUUAACAUGGACAUCUAAAUGUCUUAUUAAAUAAUAAUAAUAAAUAAGUUUUUAUCAAAAAAUGUACAAAAUAAAAAUAAAUAAAGAAACCGAUUUAUAAAUAAAUAGAUAUAAUAUAAUCUGUAUUGAAAAAGUGGUUAACCCUGAACAACAGGAACUUGCUAGUCAACUAAAUGAUAGUACAUUUAUGAUAUAUGAUAUAAUAAUAUGCUUAGUCAUUUAUGACUAAACUGUUCAAGUGCCAAUAUUUAAUUCACCUGUUAAAUAAUUAUGAUAAAACAUGAUUUGAUAACAGUUAUUCAUUUUAUUAAAUUAUUCUUUGUCAUAAGACAAGAAGAUUCUUUGUCUUUUCACAUAAGUCAUAACUAUUUAAAAUGAAAUUUAAGCCAAUAUUUAAUAUUGUGAUAAUUAUUUAUUAAACCUUGAUUAUUAUAUUAAUCUAAAAUGAGUUAAAAUAUUUUUUCAAACUGAUUUAAUGAUUGGUUUAAUAUAAUCCUUUGUUUACUCAUAUAGAAUAAAUGUAUUGUAUAAUAAUUAUUAAGUAUACCUUAGGUCAAAAAUUGAUUUUCAUUUGUUAUUUUGUGUCUUAGUAAAUUUUUUAUUUUGUUUGUACAUGUGUUUUAAUUUGAUUAUAUAAACAUAUUGCCUUAAAUCAGUUGAAACAAUAACAGAAUAACCUACAUCUUACUUAUUUAAUAGUAGCUGACAAUACCUGGCUCUAAAAAAGUUUAGUUACCAAAAAAUAUUGUAUAUUUUAAUAAAAUAUAGAUUUUUAUGAAGUGAUAUGUUAUUUUUUCUACUAUUUCUUUUAUUGACUUCUCUUAAUUUAAACCUAUCAUGCAAUUGUAUACUUUAUUACAUUUAAUGAACUCUGGUACCAUUAUAUGUCUGUGACAAAAACAAAGCAAUAAUUAUAGAAUAAUAACAAUAAGAAGAAAUAAAAGCAGUUACCUACCUAUAAAAUAAAAUAAAUUUACAUUAAUAAUAAUACUUAAUAAAGUUACAAAAAUAUUGAUAGUAUACGAAUACAUAUAGGUAAAUACAAAAAUGUGUUAAAAUUGUAUGUUGUUAUUUUUAGAUUCAGAGCUUAGCGUAGAAUGUAUUUAUUUUACUAUGAUGUUUAUUUUAUUUUGUGAGCAACUUUUUUACCAGAAAUCUUACUCCGAUGUAUCAAGUGUACUACCUUUUCUAAAAGAAAAUUUUAUCUCUGUGCAUUAUGGUAGUAAUUUUUUAAUUUUCCAAGCGGUUUUUUUAUUAAUUUGGAAAAAAAUAAUAGGAAAAAUUAUGUACAUGUAUAAAAAACUUCACUCCGAAUCGUUUUUCGUUAGCAAUGAUUUAUUGUUGCGUACUAAUAUAAAUAAAAUUCUCCUUUAUAUUCUACCUUUUCAAAUUAUCAUCUACAACAGCAGCCCACCCAUUAUGCUAAGUAUGACAGUUUUUUUCUGCAUUAAAAUAAUGUAACUAGUUAUGAUAGAAAGAUUUUAAUCACUUUGUUAUUUCAUAAAUUACUCAUUUGGUAUUGGUUUUAUUAUAGCACUUAUUAUUUUUUAUUGUUAAUAAAUUCAUUUUUCAUUAUAAUUUUUGAAUAUGUGGGAUAAACUUAUGCAUUCAAAAAAAUAUAAAAACUGCAUAUCUAGAAGAUAGUUCAAAUUCAUUUUUAAUUGGCUUUUAUUGUUUUAAAACAAUUUAAACUUUUGGGGAAAUGUUUUAACUUUGUCACAAGUCAAAAUAAAUACAUUUUUUUAUUUAUGAACUAUAAUUAUCAUAUUAACUGUUUUCAUAGUUAUAUUAUUCAUAGAAAAUCUGUUUAUUGUUCUUGUCAUAAUUGUAUUUAAAUCAAAUUUUGACAUUAAGAUAUUUCAAUGGUUUUUCUAGAAAUAUAAGGUUAGGUUAGGUUGUUUCUUUAAUUUUAUAUACAAUGAUCGUUGAUCAUUUUGAUUGAAAUUUGUUAAUAAAUAUUUUUAAUUUUUUUAGUAAUGCUGCCAGUUGCAACGCAGUUAAACAUUGUAUUCAAACCACUUGGGAAACUCAAACAUAUCCAGAAGACAACGAUGAUGUUUGUACUAUUUGUAAAAAUAUGGUUAAAGAAGCUCGUGAUACAUUAGAGAGUAAUACUACAUUGGUUAGUUAAUAGUUAUUUACAUGAAAUUGAUUUUUUAAAAGAUUACCUAGUUAUCUAAUUAAAUUAAAUAAAAAAAAAUGCUUGUUUUACUUUUCAACAAAAAUAAUUUUAAUUUAAAUGUAUUUACAAACUAUAAUUAUAAUUGUGUAUUUAAGUUAAAUAGUUUUUAACGAAAUAUAUAAUAAACACAAUUUCAAAGUUUUAUAGAAUAAAAUGUACUGUUUAUUAAUUUUAGGACGAACUAAAACAAGUAUUCUAUGGGUCUUGUCAAUUGUUGCCACUGAAAGUAAUCAAAACUGAAUGUAAAAAAUUGGCUGAUGAUUUUAUACCAGAACUUGUUGACACUUUGGCUUCUCAAAUGGAUCCAAAUGUUGUUUGUACUGUAUCUGGUUUGUGCAACAACGCACAUAUUGAUAAACUUUUAUUGGAAAAUAAAGUUAGUAUUGUAAUAUAUACUAUUUUAAAUAUAUUUUUUUCAAUAUUAUUUAUUAAAUUGGUUUUAUAGGAGCAACCACAAAAUGAAAUUAAUGACUACCAUGCGUGUGAAAAAUGCGCUAUUGUUAUGGAAAAAGGUGAACACUUGAUGGAGAGCAUGUCUGAGGAUGAGGUUUUAAACAAAAUGAUUAUGGUAAUAUUUGCUAAAUUUAAUUAUUGUUAUUUUUUCUAUUAUGUUUAAUCAAUUUUUAUUUUAUUCAUUUAUUAGUUAUGUGGAGAACUUAGUAGUUAUUCUGAUGUAUGCAUUGAUAUUGUUUACACUUAUCGUCUAGAAAUAUACAGAGCUCUUAAAAACGAUUUUAAUAAACGUAAUGUUUGUAUGUUGAGUGGUAUGUGUUCAGAAGCAUUCCACCCCCAUGCUGAUGGCUAUGAAGUAAGAUGAUUUAAAAAGUAAAUAAAGUAUUUUCACUAAUAGAAUCUUUAUUUAAAAGAGAUCUAAAAAUGCAUUGAUGGGUGUUGAAAUCAGUAAUGCUGGUGAACGAGGUAGAGUUCAAAUUAAAAAAUCAAAUGAAGUUAGUGAUGAUGUGACCUGUGAUUUCUGUGAAGCCAUGGUUAAACAUUUAAGAGAUAUUUUAAUUUCUAACACAACUGAAGAACAAUUUUUAGACGUACUCAAAGGUCUAUGCAAACAAACAAAAUCUUUCUCCGAUGAGGUAUUAUCUAAUAUUUAUGUUUUGUUUCUAAAUUCUGUGUUUAUCCUAAUUAUUUCUUAUUUCAGUGCUUAGCAAUGGUUGUCAAUAAUUAUGGUCGUAUCUAUCAAUUCCUUGUAAAUGAAUUAAAUGGCAAGAAACUUUGUACAAUUGUUGGUGUAUGCUCUAAAUCUCAAAAUUCUCAUUUUGAUCUCAAUUUCGCUAUUGUAAGUUAUCUUAUUUUGCAUUGUGUUUUGAGUUAAAAUAUUGCAUUUUUUAUUUAGCCAAUGUACCCACUUUUGCCAAUUGAAAUUUUACAAAAACAAGAGGCUAAAGAAGUUGAAAAAAGUGUUUUACCAAUCAUUGUGGAUGAGCAACCUCCAAAAGUUCAAAACAUCAAACCCAUUAAAAAAUCACCAGUUAUUGAUGUGUUCUACAAAGAAAUGCACAUUGUCGGUAAGAUAUUUAUGUGUAUAUAUAUGCAAAUGCUAAACCAUUUUAUUCUUAAAAUUUAAGUAUGGAUUAUUAUUUAUUAUACUAAUAUAUUAUGAUAUAAUUCAUUAGUCAAUGAUGUUGAUUUACCCACUGACAAAACUAUCUGUUUCUUGUGUGAAUCGAUAUUAAACUAUGUUCAACAAGAAGUAACUGAUCCAAAAUCUGAAUCAGAAAUCCGUACCGCUUUAAAGAAAUCCUGCUUGGUUUUACCAUCGUUAUAUGAAGAUCAAUGUAAACAAUUUGUUGACCAAUAUGGUGAUGCAUUUAUUUCACUUGUUGCUCAAGAAGUUGAUCCAUCAAUUGUGAGUGUUCUUAAAAAUAAUUUUCUUUGUCAAGUUAUAAAUAAUUCAUAAUUAUCUGCAAUUAUAUUGUUUAGAUAUGCCCAGAACUUAAAGCAUGUCCAUCUACAGAUUUAUCUGUAACAUUUAACAAAGGUAGUGAAAGUUCAAAUAACUGCCAAAUGUGUGUUAUUUUUAUGUCAACUUUGGAAUCAGAAAUCACUAAGAAAGACUCGGAAGUAUGUGAAUACAAGAUUUAUUCGAGUUAUAAUAUCACAUAAUUAUGUUUUAUUUUAUAUUUUAUCAGGAAGUGAUAAAAAAAAAAUUAGAAAAGUUGUGUGGCAGAUUACCACAGAAGUGGAAGAAGGAAUGCAAUGACUUCGUAUCAACACAGUUAAACAGUAUUCUUGACAUGUUAGUUGCUGAAGUAAAGCCUGAAGAAAUAUGUGUUAUGUUAGAAGUCUGUAAACCAAAAUUAUUAUUUGAAACCUCUAAUAAUGAUAUAGGCAAGUGAUCUAAUGUGAACAAUUUUUUUCUUUUAGAAAGUGAUAAGUAAAAUAUUAAUACAAAUAUUAUUUUUAUUUUUUUAGAUACAAAUAUGGUUGCUAGUUCCGGUUUAGUUACUAUAGCCUUUCCAGGAUACGAUAUAGGAAAAUUAUUGACAAACAAUCAUAGAAUGUUGGAAGAACCAAAAGUACCUACACCAUUUUGUUUGGUUUGCACUAUUGUAAUGAAAUAUUUGAAUAACGUAGUUAAAGAUAAAUCAAAUCAAGUAAUAUUAUUUAUUUUACAAGUGAAGUUGUAGUAAAAUUAAAUAAAAACUUUUUUAGGAGGAGAUUGAACAAAUCUUAGAUUCAGUGUGCCGUGUAUUGCCUAAUGUAGAAGAGACAGAAUGUCAAAAUUUUGUUGAUUCCAAUUACAAAAAUAUUGUGACUGCUAUUCAAAUAGGAACUGAUCCAGGUAUUGCGUGCAUGGCAUUAAUGGUGUGUGAUGAAGUAAAAAGUAAGUGAUAAUUAGUUAAAUUGAAAAAAAAAACAUCACAAUUUUAAAUAAUUGUUAAUCAGCUGCAGAUGACCGUAAUAUGAACACGGACAAAAGGAAUUUGCAAUCUAUUACAUUUGAAUCUGUAGAGUUAGAUAAAUCUGAUGAGUGUGCGGCUUGUGAAGCAUUUACAGCAGUAUUCAGUGAUCGUUUGAACAAUAAUUCAGUGGACAUUGACUUAAUUGAUAUCAUUGAAUUCUGUGAUGAAGUGGAUGUCAAACACAAGAAUAAGGUAAAUAAUAUAUUUUAUUUUUGUCUUAAUCCAUUGCUUAAUAUUCGGAAUUAAUAAAUCAUUAUCAUGUAGUCCCGUGGUAGUCUUACUUUUUUAACAGCAGGUAAAAUUGAAAAACAAACUUCAUGAUUCUAUGUAAAAUUAUAGUUAUUAAUGCUAAAUGCAUAAAUUAAAGUGAGCACUUCCACUACUUCAGGCUAUAUAUAUUAUUUAAUGACACUGUAAUUUGGUCACCAUUGGUGUAGUCCAUUGUAAAAAUUGUCAUCUUUUGAAAACCAUUAAUUAUUUACUUUGUCCCUUAACUAAUGUUAAGUACCAAAAAAAUUAUUCCUUUACACUGUGUACGGCUGAAGACCUAAUAAUUGUUAAAUAUUGAAAUGUACAAAAAUAACUAUUAUAUGCAGUGUUUGGAGAUGUUAGAGUCAUACACUCAAUCUUUCAAAAAUCUUUAUAACCAAAUGCCUACUUGGAUGAUGUGUGAAUCACUGGCACUGUGCAAAAAAAAUAAGAGUGUCGCAAUCAACCAAUUAAACGACAUAAAUUGUUUAAGAGGUGAAAUAUUUUGGUGUGCAUCUUGGGACAAUGCCAGAGAAUGCAAGGUAAUUAAAUCUUUUGACUUCAUUAAAUGUACUAUUUAAGAUAAAUAUAUAAUUAAGAUAUAUCCUGAUCAGGAUAAAACUGUAGCAUGGUUAUAUUUUUUUGAGUAAUUAAAGAUAUUAGAGCUUCUCUAACCAACGUAAACAGCCGUUUAUCUGAGUUUUAAAUUAUCUUUUAAUCUAUGUUUAAAAAUUAAUGUUAAUGUUGAUUAUUACUUGCUCUUAAUAUUUCAUUGAAAGCAACAAUUUAACAAUAUUCCCCAUGCACCAAAUAUUUAUUUUUUGUAAUUUAUAGAAAUAAAAUAUUACUUUUGAUCAAAACAUUAAACACACUGCAACUUAACAUAUUUAUUUGUUUAACUAUAUUAAAAUAAUACAUUUUUUUUUUUUUAGGCUGAAUCAUUGUGCAAACGCACUUCAUGGAAUGUAAAAGUCAACGAAAAUUAAAGUGAUAUUUUAAUUAAUGAUUAAAACUAUUUGAUACUCAUGUUGUGUAAAAGCGAGAUUCAAUAGUAUACAUUUUUUUUAAUAAAUAAUGAUUGCAUAAUGAUUAUUAUUUGAUGAUCUAGACUUUAUAACUAUUAUUAUAUUAUAUACAAAUAUUCCUUUUCAUGUUAUUAGAUGGUUUUCAAGUUUAUUACUAUUAUUAUUAUUAUUGUUAUUUAGAAUAAAGGAAUUCCUCAAAUGUUAAUUUACUUUGUGAAAAUUGUUUGAUUGAUUGGUAAUAUAAAUAUACAAAAUAUUUCUUUAUUGACAUCUAAACGUAUUGUGAUUCUUCAGAGAUAAUCAAAUUUGUUUUAUAUAUAUAUAUAUAUGUAUGUCUUAACAUGUAUAAUUAAUAUAAAUAUUUAUAUUAAAAUUAAAAAAUAUUUUUGAAAAAUUUAAAGCUCACCAUUUUAUAUUAAAUUUUACUGAAAAUUUUGAUUUUUCAACUUUUUGUUUUCAUUAACCUCAUCGUGAUUUUUAUAUUUUUUUAAGUUUCCAGAAACAUAGUAUAUCGUUAUGGAUUUGGUAUUAUCUCAAAACUUAUCAGAUCGAGGUAAUUUCAAAAUACUACUAUAAUAUUCAUUAUAUUCUAUUUUUCUUUGAACUUUAAAAAAAUUAAAAAUCAUGGGAUUAUUGAAAACAAAAAGAUGAAAUGUUAGAAUUUUCAGAAGAAUUAACUAUAAUAGGGGUAGUAAACUAUUCAAAUUUUUCGAAAAGUAAUUUUUUUCAAAAAAUAAUAAUUUAAAUAUAUAUAUUAUUUAUAUAAUAAGUAUUUGACUACUUAUCUUUAUUGAGAUAUCACAAUGGGUAUCUUCAUUGAACACUUUGCAUAUUUAUUUUACAGUAAAUUAUGAUAGUUACAUAUCAAAAAGAAUUUCAAACAAUUUAAUAAAGUUAAAAUUACUUCUUUUUCAAACAGCAAUUUGAUAUUUCAGUAUUAUAUUAUUAUAAAGUUAAAAAGUGUUCUUUUUUGAUAUUUAUAUUAAACUAAUCAAUCAAUAAUUAUAUUUUUUUGUAUUAUUGGUUAAACUACCAAAUAAUCCAUUCAAACUAAUUGUUCAAUACAGUUAAAUAAAACCAGUAAUAAUCUUACAAAUUUUUAGUGAGAAUAUUUUUUAAAUAAUUAUUUAUACAUACAUUUUUGAUUUAUUGUGUAACAAAAACUUUAUAAAGAAAUUAUGUUAUUUAUAAUAAACCACUGUGAUGUGUUUAGUAAAUAGUACCAAUCCUUAUGUUAAUUGUAUUUGUCUCUGAAUGUAAUUAAUAAACAAAUUGUUGACUGUGUUCGCCAGUAAGUUGUGUACAUAUAUACACUCCAAUGGAAUAUGAAUGGGAAUAAUAUUAAUUUACUCAAUAAAUAUAUUAUAAAAAUCAUGAUUUUUGUUGUUAUGUAUUUACAAUUUCAACAACAUUAACUAAUAUAUAUUUGACCAAUUUCCUAUUUUAUUUAAUUGAGAGAUUAUGUAACAUUGUCUUUGAUUGCAUUUGACAUGAAACACCAGCUAUACAGCUAAUAAAUGUAUUGAAUGUGUUUGUUUUUGUUAAAAGGACAAAAACGAUUUAUUGAACUUCUUGCAGUAUGGUUGUAAACUACUAAAUCAAGAAGGUACACAAGAAGAUUGGCUCAUCAAAAAUCUAGUUAAAAUGUUGAGAGUUAACUGUAAAAAGAGUGGUUGGUUAAAAAGAAUAAGUCUAUUUGAUAUUAAAUCACCUACUAACGGUCAGUUAUUGAUUUUCAGCAAAAGAUCUUUAUCAAAAUAAAUUUCACCCAAAGUGUUCAAUUUGCAAGGAUGUGAUCAGGGAUAUAAAAAAUAAAAUAGAAACAUCUAAAUUAGAAGUAAGAAUAUUCUCAUUCAUUAUAUAUGUUGAGAACCUGUUUUAAGCCAGCUUUACUCAAUGCAAUCUGAACAUGACUGUGGCAAGUAAAGUCAGUGGACCGGGUCAGGCUACGUAACCUAAUACUAAUUCAUUGUACCAGAUGAAGAAAUUGAUAGUAGUUGGGCCAAACUAGGUCACUCCACAUAAUCAAAAUAUUAUUCAUGAUAUAAUUAUAAUUUAGGUAUAGUAGACUGAAAUCAAAUUUAUCAUUUGUAAUGAAACAUAAAAUAUUUAAAAAACUAUACUCAUGUAUUUGUGUGGUAUGACAAGAUCUAACAUUACACUUAAGUAAACCAAGCUGGAUUAUACAUUCCACUGAACUGGACCUAAUUUUUAAAAUUUAGUUUUGGUAGAUUCAGACAUACAAAUUUAGACGUUUAGUGGGGAAGUGAUCUUGUGCCAAGGGAUAACUUUGCUUACCCCCCCUCACAUUGUAUAACAAUUUUGGUAAAUUAGUUGUUUUUGCUUCAUUUAUGUAUCAGAUUUGCAUUGUAUAGAUGAUAGUUAGAUGUUUAGAAACUAACCAUUUAUUGUUUUAUAGAAGGAUGUUAUGUAUAGAUUAGAAUCAUUAUGCGAUCCUCUACCUAACAAAGCAAAAUGUAUUGAUUUUGUGGAAUCUAAUGCUGAAAAAAUGAUGAACACUCUAAUAAAUGACAUUAAAGAAGAAAGCAUUUGUGCAGAAAUAGGAUAUUGUUAAUUUUGUAAUAAUCUUAGUUUCAUGUCAAUCAAACUUUAUGAACAUAACUUACUAAUAUAAGAACUGAUAAUAUAUUUAAUCAAUCAUUUUUUUUUUUUUUUAAUUAAUUACUAUAUAUAAGAAAUAAAUAUAUACAUAUAAUAAUUAUAAAAAGAAAUGUUUUUAUUUUUUUCUUCUUUAAAGUGAAUAAUACAAUAAACUUGUACACCCUAUACUUGAUUUUUAAUAAAAAAAAAUCGAAUGAUGGACUAUUGAUUGAAAAAAAAAUUUGGUUACAAAAAAAAAAUUGUAUAUUUUGUCUUAAUAAAAUAAUAAGUCAUUAUCUUAUGCCAAAUAGUUUUAUACCUGUACUUACACAAGUAGCAAAUGGAAUAUAUGAGGUAUAAAAUUCAUAAUAUCAUGACAAAUAAUGAAUAAGGCAAAAGUCAGUAAAGAAAAUUAAAUCAAAUUACAUAGCUUAUAAAUUAUAAAUAAUGUUUUACACUUAAAAAGUCUUGUGUGGCAGGGGAAUUUUACUGUGGUUUUUGAGAUCCCUUUUUGCCAAUAAGGGAUUUGUGUAUAUGCGGGAUAACACCUAAAAAAAAUGAAAAUUUAGUAAUUUGUAAAAUAACUUUUAUUAUUGUAUUACCUCCUCCUGCAAUUGUUGCUCUGAUAAGUGUAUCUAAUUCUUCGUCUCCUCUGAUAGCAAGUUGCAAAUGACGUGGGGUAAUACGCUUCACUUUUAAAUCUUUUGAUGCAUUACCAGCCAACUCGAGCACCUG